AUGCGAAAAUGUGUAAGCUGGAGAGACAGAGAUAAUAAAAAGCAAGAGUUUUCCUUGGAGUUUCUAAGCGUUACAAUCGCGGAAAACGCUCACUAUAAAUGCACCGCACUGUCGACGGAUAAGCAUCAUUCGAUCACGAUCGUUCGUAGCAACAGCAAGCAGACGGUAGACGCUCGCACAUCAAACAUUGGAAAGGCAAACAUGAAGGCGUUCAUUGUGUUCACCGUGGCUCUGGCCAUCGCUUGUGCGGCGGAAGUCGAUGAUACCAAGAAGGAGAAGCGCGGCCUGUUCGAAGAGUCGUAUGAUAACUACGGCUAUGACAACUACGGGCUCGGGUACGAAAAGGAGGUGAAGCACGUCAUCACGAAGAAGGUCCCAGUUCCGUACCCAGUCGAGGUCGAGAAGCACGUCGCCGUCCCAGUAAAGGUCCCUUACCCGGUGAAGGUCGAGAAGGAAGUCCCGUACGUUGUGGAGAAGAAGGUUCCGGUGUACGUUGAGAAGAAGGUCCCGGUCCAUGUCGACCGCCCAUACCCGGUGGAAGUGAAGGUCCCAGUCCAUGUCCCAGUCUACAAGAAGGAGUACGUUGAAGUUCCGAAGCCGUACGCAGUUCAUGUGGAGAAGCCUUAUCCAGUGUACGUGAAGCAGCCCGUGUACGUCGAGAAGCAGGUUCCGGUGACGGUCCAAAUCAAGGAACACCACAAGAAGCCGUUCUGGGGUUAA